CACGUGAACGCGCCAGCCAGGAAGUGGCCUAUGCGCGCACUCAUUUCUGGUUUGGCCGGGUUGCAGUUUAUUUUGUUCAAAACAAAUAGUACUGAUCCCGUAGAGGGCGAAUGACACCAGACGACUGAACGUUUUUUCUUUGGGGAACCUUAAAAAUGAGUCGAUUCACGCUGUCAAACCUAAGUCCUGGAUAAAGAAAAGCAUUUUCCAGAAACGCCGUGGAGUACGGGGCUUCGAAUAAGGGCAGGAGCGCAGCGGCCUGCGGCUGUGAAGGAGCUUAGCAGCCGGGUGAAGCAGAAGGAUUCUUGCCGGCCAUUGUCUAAACGGAAUUUAGUCCUUCGCCAAAUUAAAACCCUGUCCCCUUCCCUUCUUAGCCUUCCUGAUUCUGUUCUGGGAGAGUUCAGACCAGUAUCAUCGCCAAGAUAGCUGGGCCAGGCAGGAAGAGGCACACCUCAGAUCCAGACCCCAGCAGCGGUAGUGAUUCUGGCGACGGGCGGCCUGUCAGUGCCAAGUGCCUGAAGAUGGCCAGCAGUGGUGGAAGCAGUGUGGCAGGUGGUACAGCGGUGGGCCGCAGAGGUGGGGCUCAGCAGCAGCGAGGAGGAGGCUCUAGGGACAAUGGCACUGACCUGUCCUCCAGCACCAGUAAGAAGAAGCAGAAGGACAGGGCCAACCAAGAAAGCAGAGAGGCCAAGAGGGCAGCAGCAGCAGCAGACGGAGUUAUUGCAGAGGUCAAGAAAGAUGUGUUUGUCGACUGGAAGCAAAAUGUCAAUGAGGUUAUUGUGAGACUACGCUGUGGGGAGGGAGUGCAGAGGAUAGAGGACAUCAACACAACCUUUACUGAUACUCACUGCCAUGUCUGCUUCCCAGAUGGUCGGCAAUGGAGUUGCUAUUUGCAGGAAGAAAUUGAGGCCUCCUGUAGCAGAGUACAAUACAAAGAGAAAGGAGGUUUCCUGCACCUUGUCAUGCACAAAAAGAUUCCCUUUCACAUCUGGCCUUCACUCAAGUCUAAUAAGAAGGAGAAAGAGAAGGAAAGUGUGCACAUGGAGAUCAAAAAUGACAAGGAGGUGGAGAUGAUGUCUGUUUCCUUGGAGUCAUCAGAGAAAUCCAAACUGUUGUCCUCGCAACCACAGCCCCCCUCCUCACCUGCACACAGUGAGUCAAGACACAGUGGUGGCAAGGCCGAGCGCAGUGGCAAGCGCUGCCCAAAAAACAAACCACCAUGUGAGAAGGUUACUGUGGACUCGGCAGAGGUGAAAGGUGCAGCUGGAGACCAGACCUGCUCAAACAGCAGCAGCAAGCCUGUUACAGUCACAAGAGGCGAGCAACAGCCUCAGGGACCCAGCAUCAAGCGCACUGCUGCUCGGCUGCCCAAGACCACCAAGGAAACAGCAGCUGACAAGGAUGCAGAGGCUGGCAAAACUGCAGCAGCUAAUGGCAGAGCAGCACACACACACCUGUCCGCUGGUCGGAGCCCACAGACACAACACAGGGAUGGCAACAACAGAGCCGAGAAACAAGGCAAAGAACAUAAAGCGGGUGCUGCUGCCACUGCUGCCAGCCAUACCAACAAAACUCAGGUGGUGGAAAAACCAACCCAGUCUUCAGACAUGGAGCACGGGACUGGGACAACAGCACAUGGCAGUGAAAGCCAACCAGCAACUACCAGUAAUAUCAGUGACUGUCUCAGCAAUAGCAUGGAUUUAGCUUCUCCAGAUACACUGGGAGAUAGAACUGACUCUAAGACAGAGAAACAGCCUGUUGAGUGGGAAUCGGAGCAGGAUUCUCCGAUCCUCCAGCAGCUGGAAUUGGGAGAGGCGGAAUCAGCACCGGCUGUAAGUGGGGCUAGCAAACAGGGCCUGUCACCUGGUCUUGUACAGAGGCAGGGCAGCUGCGAUGGAGAAGAGAAGCGGGACCAGUCAAAGGAGGAACCGCCUCUGGAAAUAAAUACACCAGAAGCCCCAGAGCCGAUGGUUAACUUGCAGUCUGUGAAAAAUGAUUCGUACGAGAGGGGCACAGACAUGAUGGUGGUUAAUGUUUACAUGAAGGAAAUCUGCAGGGACACAGCCAGGGUCAUCUUCAGGGAACAGGACUUCACUCUCAUCUUCCAGACCAGCGAUCCUAACUUUCUCCGGCUUCAUUCAGAUUGUGGGCCGAACACAGUCUUCAAGUGGCAAGUCAAACUCAGGAACUUGAUCCAGCCUGAGCACUGCAGUUACUGCUUUAAACCGUCCAGACUGGAUAUCACCCUGAAGAAGAGACACAGCCAGCGGUGGGGGGGUCUGGAGGCUCCAGCCACACAAGGUGCAGUGGGUGGCGCCAAGGUUGCUGUGCCCUCCAGUCCUGCCUGUAUGGAAAAGAGUCAGCCAGGCAGUAGCCAACACAGCCUCCCAGCCAAGGAGGAGCCUCCCCGGGUGGGUGAGGAGAAACCCAAAGCCCCCAAAGCUUCACCCAGAGUAGAGGACGGCGGUCUGGAUACAGUGGCUCCUCGCUCCGUCUCUGAACAUGUCGCCAUCACCAAGACAGAGCCCGCUGUUACUACGCCAAAACCUACUUGUAUGGUCCAACCUAUGACCCACGCACCUCCUGCCAGUAAUGAGCGUCAUGAGGAAGAAGAGGAGAAGAAGGUGUGCCUUCCUGGUUUCACAGGAUUGGUCAAUCUGGGCAACACCUGCUUCAUGAACAGUGUCAUUCAAUCCCUGUCUAACACCAGAGAACUCAGGGACUACUUCCUCGAUCGAGCGUUUGAGUCAGAAAUCAACUGCAAUAAUCCACUAGGAACAGGAGGAAGGUUAGCCAUUGGCUUUGCUGUGCUGCUCAGGGCACUUUGGAAAGGAACGCACCAUGCCUUCCAACCCUCAAAACUCAAGGCUAUUGUGGCCAGUAAAGCCAGUCAGUUUACAGGGUAUGCCCAGCAUGAUGCCCAGGAGUUUAUGGCGUUCUUGCUGGACGGUCUUCAUGAAGACUUGAACCGCAUCCAGAAUAAACCGUACACAGAGACCGUGGACUCUGACGGGCGCCUGGAUGAGGUGGUGGCAGAGGAGGCAUGGCAGAGGCACAAAAUGAGAAAUGAUUCUUUUAUUGUGGACCUCUUCCAAGGCCAGUUCAAAUCCAAGCUCGUCUGUCCAACAUGCUCCAAGGUGUCCAUUACUUUUGACCCCUUCCUCUACCUGCCUGUACCCUUGCCCCAGAAACAAAAGGUGCUUUCAGUUUUCUAUUUUGCAAAGGAACCUCAUAAAAAACCCAUCAAGUUUCUGGUGAGUGUGAGUAAAGAAAACUCCAGUACAGCUGAAGUCCUUGAAUCCAUCUCCAGAAGUGUGAGGGUCAAACCAGAAAACCUGAGAUUGGCAGAGGUUGGGAAGAAUCGUUUUCAGCGCAUGCUCCUGCCAUCCCAUUCCCUGGACACAGUGUCGUCCUCUGAUAUGCUCUUCUGCUUUGAAGUGCUGUCCAGAGAUCUGGCCAAAGAGCGAGUCAUAGAGCUCAGAGUACAGCAGAAACUUCAAGUCCCAAACAUUCCCAUCUCGAAGUGUGCUGCCUGCUUGAAGCCCCCGUUGUCUGAGGAUGACAAGCUGAAGCGAUGCACUCGUUGCUACCGUGUUGGCUACUGCAAUCAAGUUUGUCAGAAAACACAUUGGCCCAAUCACAAGGGUCUGUGUCGGCCAAAUACUGAGAACGUGGGCCUGCCUUUCUUGGUCAGUGUGCCUGAGUCCCGACUCUCUUAUGCCCGCCUCACCCAGCUGAUGGAGGGUUAUUCCAGGUUUUCCAUCAAUGUGUUCCAGCCUCCUUUCCAGUCAGGCAGGACAUCCCCUGAAACUUCCCAGUGCCGCGUAGACCUUCCUUCAAUGUCAGCGAGCUCUUCUGAGGGUCUGGGCUCGGGGGAUGAGGCCGUGGGUGGGAGUAGCGGAGUGGGAGCAGCUGACACAGAGCUGGAAAGCCACUCUCUGGUGCCUGAAUCCCAGGCUGAAUAUGCUCAGGCCUCAUCUGUCCACUCUGCAGAGUCUGAAUCCCUCUCAUCCUCCCAAACCUCGCUCUCCACUACACAGACCACAGAUUCAGGAUUCUCCGAACCGGUUUCAUCUGCUUCUUGUUGCUCUUUAGACCCUAACGCUGAAAAAGAAACUUCCUGUGAGAAGGCAGUGCGGCCAGAAGCUGCAGUAACAGGUUAUCAACACCCAAGUGAAUCAGUGUCCGGCCAUGCCAGUCAGUUCUAUAUUUCCCUGCUGGACUCUAACAACAAGGAACAGAGGCUUGAAGAGAAAGAGGAUGCACUCUUGGACCUCCCUGAAGAUGCGACCUUGGAGCUGGUGUGGAAAAAUAACGAGCGUCUAAAAGAGUAUGUCCUGGUGAGCUCCAAAGAGCUGGACUAUGAAGAGGACCCCGGGUCUCUGAGUGAGACAGCCAGAGCAGGACACUUCACCCUAGAGCAGUGCCUCAAUCUCUUCACAAAGCCUGAGGUGCUGGCACCGGAGGAGGCCUGGUACUGUCCCAAGUGCCAGCAGCACCGUGAAGCCUCAAAACAGCUGCUGCUGUGGCGUCUGCCCAACGUUUUAAUCAUCCAGCUCAAACGCUUCUCAUUCAGGAGCUUCAUCUGGAGAGAUAAAAUCAAUGACAUGGUUGACUUUCCUGUGAGAAAUUUGGAUCUGAGUAAGUUCUGUAUCGGCCAGAAGGAUGAGAUGCAACACCCCCCUAUUUAUGACUUAUACGCUGUCAUAAACCACUACGGAGGAAUGAUAGGAGGCCACUACACAGCCUACGCUCGCCUUCCAAGUGACAAGAACAGCCAGCGCAGUGACGUUGGGUGGCGACUGUUCGAUGACAGCACCGUGACAAUGGUGGAGGAAAGCCAGGUGGUGACGCGCUACGCCUACGUCCUGUUCUACCGACGACGAAACUCUCCCGUGGAGAGACCGCCACGGUUCCUUAGGCCCGUAGGAGCUGAGUCGCCCACUGCCGCCGGAGCUACUGCCAGCCAGGCCUCUCUAAUAUGGCGGGAACUGGAGGAAGAAGAGGAGGGGCUUGACGAAGGCCCGCGCGGACUGUUCCGCUCUGGGCUACGGAGACGACAAACACAGAGGAUGACGAACAGAGAUGAAGACGACGAAGACAGAACUGAAGGGUCGGUGCGACGGCACCGCGGGCAGAGGCUGUCCGAUUACCCUGACGACGACUGCGUGCGAUAUUUCGUGCUGGGCACCGUGGCAGCCAUGUUUGCUCUAUUUGUCAACUUGGUCUACCCUCUGCUGUACAAGGCCAGCUGGCCGUGAGCAGAGCCUCGCUGGCAGAUACAUACACAACAGUCAGGGUUUGAUCCCAAGAUAAACUCCAGAGGAGGCAGUUAACCCUCCUCUCUACACAUGCGUCAAUGAUAUGGAUGAUAUGGGCCGAACCCUUUAAAACUUGGAUUUUUUGCACAUUUACACUGAGCCAUCAGUGGGAACUUGCACAGAAAUCAUGGUCAUAUACCGUAAUAAUUGUGAAUCAUGCAGUUAAAUUAUAAAACGUUGAGAUCACCGUAACUACAUAUACAUAGACUGUUGUUCUUAUUUUUGUUCUUUUCUACAUAUUUGCAUUUUUUUUCAUCAAUUGCAAAAAGGAUGUAGAAUUUCUGACCUCUGAAAAUGCCCACACUAAUACUACAUCCUGCUACAGAGAGUAGAAAUCAACACAGAACUUAACCUAAAACAUAAGUAAAUUAAAUACACCAUGAAAGAAGCAAAUACGGAAAAGAGCUCCAACCACUGUUGUAUGGUUGUCUGUCCACUGCUGAAUUGUUGCACUAGAUUCAAUGGGAUGUGAUUGGAAAUCCCUGCAGUAAGAUACAUGCAAGAAUGUGAAAAGACAAUUCUACAGAGGUUGUAAUUGUUUCAUGAAGCAAGGAUCCCAUUUUCCAUGAUGACCAAUUUCUGUUGCCUUUUCUGUCCUUAAACAGAGCGUUAGUUCAUUUAUGGGCCUUUUACUUUCCAGCUCGUAUCAUGUUUUCUGUGUUACCUGUGUACUGUGUAAUGACAACCUGUUUGUCAUGUCCAUGUGAUGCCAAUUCAUCUUUUUGUCUCUUUAGUUGCUAUUUUUAUGUAAUAUUUUCAAGCUGUAGCCAGGUGAGGAUUGUUAAUUCUCAGGAUGAAAUGAGUGUUUUAAAAACAAAAAAGUCCCUCAGCAUUUAAUAUACUGAUGUUUCAUUCUUGAUAACCAAGAUAAACUGAAAAGAAUUAUUGUCCUCGUCUGAAUGUACAAAAGUGUUUUGCAUCAGCAGCUGCAUCAGCGAUGGGAAGCUUCAGAGUUACUGAUUAUACUCUUUGGACAGUUUCAAAGAUGUAAAAUCUUUUAUUUGUCUUUGUUUUUAGUUUUUGUAUUUGCAUUAAUUUGGGCUUUUAUUUAUGGUGUUAUGAAUCUAAAUUGAAUUCUAAACGUGUUGACCCUUUUUAACUAAUUAUUCUGAAUCCUUGUGAGAAACUGUCCAGAUUUAUUAUCUUUACUCUGCCGCUGCCUCUGUCACGAUUGUGUAUGUUGGUCUCAGGGAAUUCUCAGUGCUUAUCUAGAAGCAAGGCGGUGUAUAGUGACCCCCAUUUGCCUUAAAUGCUUGGCAUUGCACCGUCAGACUGUGUAUACUUGAUCCACAAAUAUGCAAUGCCGUCCUCCAUAGUUUUAUAGAUUUCUAUAAAGUAUAGCCUGAGAUGCACAUGCACUGCUUUGCAGAACAUGUGAACUGUAGUAAAAUAGUAAAUCUGUGUGUGAUCAUGAAAGGAUAAAACUUUAGGAGAGUUAAUGAGAAUAUAAAGCUGAUUGGAAGGAAUGGUUGGGUUGAUUUUUGUAUUUUUAUGUAAAUUAGUCAAGAUCACAGUUGAUAAUGUUUCUUGUACUGUAGUUAAAUGAAAACCAUGAGCUAUUUUAAUCACCCUGCAAUAAUUGAUUCUGGAUACCUCCAUCUAAAUGCUGCUUCCUGAUACAGAAAGCAUUGUAUCCCUUUUGGAAAUAAAAUGUCUAUCAAUUUACAGCCUUAA